AUGUGUGCUGUGCACUGUGUCAUCCUGCUGGCCCAGGCGCAGAGACGUGCCCAGAGUUGCAGAAACAGUUCGACGGCGACGGCUGCAGUGCAGCAACUGCAGCAGGCGCUGCAGCAGUAUGAGCUCCGCGUCAAGGCAAUCAACUACUUCAACAGCAUCAUCGAAGCCACCAAAACUCCCGUGGAGGAGGUGGCGAAGGUGUCAGCGCGAGUGCAGGAGCUGCGCAGUGAGCUGGAAGAGCUGCACACCAUCGUCAGGACGGGCGAGCAGCGUCAGCAGCAACUGCAGCACCUCGCCAGGAACCGCGUCAGGAAAGCGCAUACUGAUCCGCACGCUGCUGGGGAUGACGCUGACGGGGAGACAGUUUUGGUCGAGCUUCCUCCUUCUCCCGCUGCCGACAUCGCCAAUUUUAGGGCAUUAGGAGGCUACGAUUCUCGCACCGAUGGAAAUAAGUCCAGAGACGAAAACUUGGCUGUUUCUCGCGCUGCUGAAGAUGUUGGUUUUGCCAAUGGUCCUAGUAGUGAUGUCAAUGAUAAUUGUAACAGUGCCAGCGCAGUUAACCAUUUACACACAAAUAUUGAUACUGGUGAUAGGAUUGGUGUUAGAUCCCCUACCCAUACCAACUCGGGUGUAAUGACCGGUAACGUAAAUACUUCAGACCAAAAUAAAGCCAGUACUCCACUUGUGAGUGAUUUGAAAGCAUCAGGUGGUAUGAAUGGCCAUGGCGUCUUUGGUACAAGGGGACCAAAUACCUCGUCUGCAGAAAAACCAGCAACGCCCGUCGCUAGUCAUCCUACAGCAGUUGCGAGGCGAACGGGCAAGAGCUCAACCAAAGCUGUGGUGUCUCUGCAGGGUCUGUCACAGCCUCAUAAAAGAAGGCUUGUCACAAGCUCUUCCGAGCAGGUAACCUCAUCUCAGGAAGGAGGAAGUGAAGUUGCAACUGCCAGACAAGCAGCAGUGCUGCGUCAGGAGGUCGCUGCCCUCAGAGACGCUAGAAACGCCCUUAUUGCUUACCGACAGCGUCUCAGCAAAAAAAUACAAAAGGGUGUACGGGAGAGCCGCCGUUGGGAGGCAGAGAGGCGGUUCAUGGAGGUGGAUGAGGCGGUCGAGGCCGUCGACUCGUCCAUCGAACAAAAAAAUGAACUCAUCUGUGGCUCAGCCACCCUCCUCCACGCCACGUCCUCAACGCUCUUGUUGCAGGGUAAGCUGCUGGAUCGACUUCUGAAUUUAAGCCUGGAUGAGAUUCGGGCGCUGAUGGUCAAAUACUUCAGUCGUGUAAUUGAUAUCAGAAUUGAGUUCCGAAAACAAGAGAUCGCCUACACUGAAUUAGAGCUUCAGUUCGAGGACCAGUCAAGGUUACUGCAGAAGCUGGAAUGGUCGUACGAGCAGGCCAGCCUUGACAUGGAGAGACGUUGUGCUGUGCAGCAGAGACAUUUCCUUCAUUAUCUUCACAAACUGUUCAGGCAUAUCGAUGCUCAGGAGACUGCCAUGCAGCUGGCGAGAGAAACUGCACUACCUUUCACCUUGGAUGCAGAUUCAGAUAAAUUUCGUGCCAGCGAAAGCGACGUACGUCAGCUCGAGAUGAACCUUUACUACUACAAGCAGCAGUGCCAGCAAUUGAAAACCCUCGUGCGGCAGCAGCAAGGUCUUGGCUAUGACUUCCAGCCUCUCUUCCAGCAGCAGUUGCUGCAGCAACAACAGCAGCUGCAACUCAGACAGCCUUGCGACGACUCCAAGAAAGAGAAGACUGACACAGGGCGCUCAUGUGGUGAACGCAGAACAGAUUCAGAGACUAGAGUGUGCCCCUUUGUUGAUGGAGAAAUCUGCAAUGGCAAAAACAAUGGCCAUUCAAGUGCUGUUGAAGCAGCUCCAGCUGCCUCACAAAUCAUCCUUGGGCAAGACCACUUCUGUGAUUUUGAUGCGGUGUUUGGAGCCGAUGUGUCGCAGAAAGAGCUGUAUGCGGCAUGCCUGGAGGAUUUAGUACAGCACUUUUGGCAAGGAUACAACGUCAGUGUGGUUGGUUAUGGCAGCUGCAGGUCUGGCAAGACCUACACAAUUACUGGCCCUGGCUUCCUAUGGGCCAUGAAUGAGGAAGAGUUUGGUCUCUUACCUCGAGCUGUGCGUCAGUUGUACACCCAUAUUGCUGAGCACAGAGAUGCUGGAGGGGGCAUGCCCGAGGUGCGAGUGUCUGUGAGCUACCUCAUGCUCUGUGGUGGAGCUGUGUAUGAUCUCCUCAUGGGCCAGUCUCAUCUUACUCCUCUGCCUGUUCUCUCCGACCACAAGGGCAGUGUAAUGGUGCCCGGGCUGAGCAGUGUAGACUGCAGCAACAUCACUGAAGUGCUGAACUGUCUUGAGGCUGGACUCCUGGCCCGAAAUAAUCACCUGUCACCUGGCGCCAGUACAGUCCAGAGCGCUGCUGGAGGAAGCAUUAUAAACGAUGUCCUUGUUAAUGAUAACCUCAGUGUAAAACAUGUGGCUGUCGAAUCAAGACGCCACAAACACGACUGUGGCGGUGCAUCAACACACCGUGAUUCUCAUGCUAGCUUCACCAUCACGCUGCAGCAGCGCAAAGUUGCUAAUGAUGGACGACCGUUCAUUGUGUGUUCCCGGCUGAAUUUCGUUGAUCUUGGUGGCAUAGAGGAGAUCAAAUCCUCGAGCACGACACUAAACGAAGAGCCAUCCAUGACCUCGAGCUUAAUGCCGGGCAGCUCCAAUAACGGCUACUACAUUCAUCCUCCCCAGAGUGUCACCCUGCACAGUAGAGACCCAAGCGCCGUGGGAAGCACUGAUUCUAACCUAUACAGCAACACUGAAGUGUUGGGAGGCGUAACUGCUCUUAUGAAAAGUGCUGACUCUAGGCAGAUUUUCGAAGCAGAAGAAAGUCAUGGAAGCAGUGCUGAAGUGAUGAACAACAUGGACGAUUCGAAGGAAAAUAUUUGUGUUAUGAGUCAAUCGCAGAAAGAAGACUAUUUGCUUGCCAAAGAAAAUCCUAUUAUUAGAUCUCACUCUGACGCAGAGUUUUUCAAGCGCCGUUUUAGCGGGGAAUUUAAUUCUUUUUCCAAUGCAAACGAGGCUUUGAAUGACGAUGAAGACGUGGCAAGUCUGAGUGCUGACGGGAAGGACUACAGCCUCAUGACGGCUGAUCAUCAAUGUCUGGCUGACGUCAUCAAGAGUCUUGUCAAUCGGAACCAUGUUGGUCCAGUCCCAUAUGCCCGCUCUAUGCUCACCCAGCUGCUCAAGGAGAGUCUGGGCGGGAACUGCCUGACGCUGUUAGUGUGCUGCGCGUCGCCGCGGCAGGAGGACUUACCUGCCACGCUGGUCGCCAUGAAGUACGGCGGCCUGGCGCGCUACAUCAUCAACCGUCCCCGCGUCAACGAUAUUACCAGCGAAGUGGCAGCUCUCUUGGCUGACGCUCAGUGUUCUUGCAUAUUGAAACUGGACGUUUUCAGCGAAAUGAUGACUUCGCCCGACGCCAGCAGCGAGGAAGAGGAAGGUGCUGUUAAUGUAGGCGCCGUUUCCAUAGAAAAGAUGGACACCGAGCGUUCGCUCUCCGAUAAUGAAGCAAAUGUUGUCCCUGCUCCUAGUGACGCUGCCUUGCACAACUACUCGCCUGGGGAAUCAAAUGUCAUGCAUGAAGUCCAUCCAACUGCCAGCACUUAUCAGGACCUUCAUGAAGAUCUUCUUGACGGCAGCAGCGCCGAGGAAGACCAAGAUUUGCAAUCCGAAGACAGUGACAUGGAUAUGGACAGCUGUGAAUCUGACUCAAGCUCCUCAGAUGAAGGAGAGGACGUCGUGGCCGCGGUGAACGCCACCCCCAGCAGACGCCGCAACGCGAGCUGUGAGGCGGCAGGCAUCGCGGCUACAGCACAGCAGCUCUGGCUGGCUGACCACAGCACUGCCCCGCUCGCCCUGCACGCCAAAGAGGCGAACAAGCGGCGCCAGAGGGAACUGCGGGAAACCAUCAAGGAAAAGGAAUGCCAGCUAAGAAGCAUGCAACGCGGCGCUGCCGAGAAGGAGGAACUCCUGAGGCAGAAUAGAGAGAAGCUCGUGGGCCUGCAGCGCCUCAUUGACCGAGACACCAUCCUGCUGGCCCAGGCGCAGAGACGUGCUCAG